AUUGUCGACGAGUUCCAACAAUUCUGCCAGCGACAAUGGCAGAGCCACACAGCUCAAGUGCAAGAACACCCACGGCUCAACCACAAGUUUGUCAAGCACGUCAUAUCCAUGAUCCCUGACGACUUCAUCAUCCACAACGAAGACCAUGCCAACGCCCACCUCAUGAUAUAUUGCCCCAACGUCUACAACCAGGCAGCGGUGAACACAUGGAUGGACAAAUCCACCUUUGACAUGCUCGACACCACCAGUGAGGAGGUCAAGAACAACAUGAAAAGCCAGGCUGCCGCGAGGAUUGACAAGCGCUACCACAAACUCCUCCGCUUCGACAAGCCUCUCCCCUACGGCUAUAUCAUGAUGAAGCGCAAGAAGAAGUGGCAAAAAGGACGAACAAUCAUUGCCUAUGCCAACACGUGCAUCGGCAACCUCCUCAAGGUCACGGCCAUUGCCCUCCAACAAAUGCUCAACGUGACGUGGCCCCAUCAUUUCGGACGAGCCAGCUCGCCAGAAUUAUGGCAAGAGAUACACCACCUAUUCCACAACAACGAGCAGUUGUACCCGGAGCGCAGCCUCCGCUUCCUCAACCACGACUUGGUCGGCUUCUUUAACUCCAUACCGCAGCAAGACAUCAUGCGCAGCAUCCAUUUCUUAACCGCCGAGUUCCUCAAUAACAACAACCACGUGCUCCUGGUUGAUCCCCAUGGCAAGAUUGGUACCGUGCACUCCGGACGUUCGUCACACAGCAUCAAAGUUAACAUGACAAAUGUCCACGCGGAGCACAUCCCCAGCAUCAUUCAGUUCAGCUUUGAUGCCUGUGCGUUCACAGCCAUUGGGGAAGACAAGUUCUGGAUCCGUCGCUACGUCGACAACAGGGCGAUCAUCGUGGACGAGACUGAGCUCCGAUCCAACGAGCACCAUAUCCAGAAGCCAUCGCCCAGCGACAGAUUGCUGACCUUGAAAAACUGUACGAUGAGCUUGGAUACACGAACCAUCGACAGCGCCGUCGAUGAUAAGUACGUUGGGCCGAUACGCUCAAAGCAGCCGAUGCUAACGAUGCAGUGA